AUGACAGUGGACGCGGCGAGGACGCGGCCGCUAGGACGCAACGACGACGAGGACGCAGCGGCGGCGAGGACGUGGCGACGAGAACGCAACGGCGACGAGGACACAGUGGUGACAGAGGGAGGUGACGGAGGGCAGAUCUGCGCGCUUGGAGGGGCGGAGGGCAGAUCUGGGCGCAUGGAGGGGCAGAGGGCAGAUAUGCGCGUAUGGAGGGGCGGAGGGCAUAUUUGCGCGUAUAGAGGGGCGGAGGGAAGAUUUGUGACGAGCGGAGAACCACCCGAGGAUGGAGGAUUCGUGGAAGGAGGGGGAGCAGAGGAAGUCAGUGACGGUAGCGAGGAGGGUGGGGACGGCAGAGGAUAUGAACACAGUGGCGGUCAGAGACUUGGAGGUGGCUCUUGA